UUAUUUCCGACAGUACCCGAAGGCAACUCAUCCUCUGCUAAUCUCGUAGGGAGUGAGAGACCUUCAUCUCAGGGAGAGGACAUUGUUUUGAAGGUGUAAAACGAGUGUUAUCCUGGUUCUGUACAACAUGCUGAACCCGCAGAGGUCUCUGUCCGAGCUGCCCAAGAUGUCGGCCGCCAGCCAGGUGGAGAGAGCGGUGCUGGAGGAGGAGUUCAACUGGCUGCUGAAAGAAGAAGUGCAUGCUGUCCUGAAGCAGCUCCAAGACGUCCUCAAGGAGGGCCUCCCCGACGUUUCUCCAUGCCCCACCCCAGGCCUGGAGAGUCAGCUCAAACAGGAGAACUUCAUCCUCGGCAGCUCAACCAUGGACCAGGUGAAGGGGGUGCUGACUCUGCAGGGAGAGGCUCUGACUCAGGCUGACAUAAACCUGAAGGUUGCAAAGAGCAGCCAAGUGCUACACUUUCAGUUCAGAGAGGACAAAAUGUGGAAGCUGCAGCAGAUCCAGGAUGCCAGGAACCACGUGAACCAGGCCCUGGGGCUCCUGGGCAGCCGUGACGAGAGCUACCACUUCAAGACGGGGGCCGAGGUCAAUAAGCUCAUGGACGCAGUGAUGCUGCAGCUGACCAGAGCCCGCAACCGCCUCACCACCCCCGCCUCCAUGACGCUGCCCGAGCUGGCCACCAGCGGGCUGAUGAAAAUGUUCACCCCUCCCAUGCCUGGGGACGUGAUGGUGAACUUUUACAUCAACCUGAGCAAACUGUGCCUGACGGUGUACCAGCUGCAUGUGCUGCCUCCCAACACCACCAAGAACUACAGGCCAGCUGGAAGCUCCGUGCUGCACAACCCAGGAGCCAUGUUUGAGCUCAACCACAACCGCUUCGAGGUGAGCCACGUCCACAAGGUGGAGUGUGUGGUGCCGUGGCUGAACGACACACUGGUGUUCUUCACCAUCUCUCUGCAGCUCUGCCAGCAGCUCAAGGACAAGAUCUCUGUCUUCUCCAGCUUCUGGAACUACAGGCCGUUCUGAGCCUCUUCGUGCCGAGCACUGACUGGAACAUCUCAAUGAAUGAAUGGAAGCAUGAAUGAGAUUGUUGUUAGAAGUCAUUUGUUAGUGAGUAUCUCUCCUCUGAGCUGUGUUACUGUGUGGAGCACUAAGCAGUUCUAGGAGGUCACUUUUUGUUUUAUGUUAUAAUAUAAUUGUACUCUCUUGAAAAGGCCCUCCACCAAUGUCACAUGUUAAAGUCCAAACUAUAGUCAUGGUUAUUAUUACUAAGCCAGGGUAUAAUGUGUUAUGAGUUAUCUGUGGGUGAGCUCUCAUGGUCCAGCUCUGGUCUAUGUCUAUGGAUGAGGUACUAAACUGUGUGUAAAUGCAUCACUAAACAUCAUGAGAACAUUCUCACCUCUCAGCGGUCACAUAUUAUGAGGUGGGAGUCAGAAGGUUCGAAGAAGAAGCUUCUGUCUGUCCAAAUAUCAAAAAGUCAAAGUGUGUUCAUGCUGCUAACAUCAGCUGUUGCUCACUCACAUCAAGAACACAAAGCUCCCCAUCUACAGAAGCCUUUCAGCUCACACUUGUAUAUGAUCCGCUUCAGACUGGAUCACCACCAACCAACUGCUGAGAAGGACUUUGUGACAGAGACUAGAUGAUGCAUGAACUCCUAGUAAACAGUCUGUGUCAGGAACUAAAGGGUGGUGUUGGAUCAAAGUGGGCAUUCACUUGUAACGAGGGUUUAUCAAAAGAUCUUUUUGAGUUUUCUGUAACAUAAAUGACAGACUCAGUCAGGAUGUUUCAACCGCUACAGCACGGAUGUGUUCGGUCUGUAAGUCCCCCGACUUUAUGGAUACACACAAUCAGUCAUCUCCAGUACACCCAGCUGUGAUGUUAGUCAAUUGAGUCCAUGAUUAAAGCACUGGGUGUUUCAACGUGUAUGAGGAAUGCAGAGUGUUGCAAUAGAAAGUCUUAUCUGAGGGGAUGGACGGUCAUAUUGUGUGUGAUUAUUGAUGGUGUUGAAUAUGUUGUAGACUGAUGAUAGGGUAGAUCAGUCCUCAGAGGGGCAGCUCCAACGUCCCCCCUCAGACACUGAUGUUAAACAUCUCAUGUCAGCAUAUCCUUAAGUUAUUUUAUAUUUGUUUUUCCAGUAUGUCGUUAUUGGAUUUGUGUAUGAUUGAUUAUUGCCCCACUUGGUGGAACUGACACAACUCACAUUCCCUGUUUCAAUGAUAAGCUACCUGUGUGAUGUCAUCUUUGUUUGCUCUGUUUAUAUUGAUUUGUUUUGCACGUGAUGUUGUUGAUGAACACUGAUCCAAUCAUGAACAAAUGACUUCAUUCCAGUAAGUGUUAAACUAGAUUAAAAAGCUGCCUAUCGUAUAAAAUGUGGAAAUGAUUUAUCUGUCCGUGCAAUAAAAAGAUUCUAAAGGAUAA